CAACCCGAUCACUCGCAAAUUUGGUAGCCCCGAAACAAUCACCGCCACAGCAUAAUAAUCGAGCCGGGGCUUGCGUCUUCCCAAAGCCAUCGAUGUUACUCUUCAGAGAUGGACGAUGGAACCCAAACUCCAGCGGCUCGUGAUCCCAAUGGUAAGGAUCCGGUUGAUGUUGAGGACGAUCGUUCCUCCAGGCUCCUGGAUCUCACUAGCUGUCAACUACAUGACCUCGAUUCCGUAGACUUGCCUCCCACCCUCACCGAGUUGGACCUCACCACCAAUCGCUUAUCCACCUUAGAUACUCGCAUAGCACAUCUCUCUGAUCUCAAGAAGCUUUCUCUUCGUCAGAACCUUCUUACUGACGCUGCCGUUGAGCCCCUUUCUGCCUGGCAUGACAUUUCCGGUCUUGAGGAGCUGGUGCUACGCGAUAAUCAAUUAAGAAAAAUUCCUGAUGUCAGCAUAUUUAAGAGACUAUUGGUUUUUGAUGUUUCUUUUAAUGAAAUUACUUCACUGAAUGGGUUGUGCCGGGUCUCCAACACAUUGAAAGAGCUCUAUGUAUCUAAAAAUGAAGUGACAAAGAUGGAGGAGAUUGAUCACUUCCAUGAACUGCAGAUUCUUGAGCUUGGCUCUAACAAAUUUAGGGUAAUGGAGAAUUUGCAGACCUUGACAAAUCUACAGGAGCUUUGGCUUGGACGUAAUCGAAUUAAAGCUGUAAACUUGUGUGGACUUACAUGCAUCAAGAAAAUUAGCUUGCAAAGCAAUCGUCUGACUACAAUGACAGGAUUUGAGAGUUGCAUAGCUCUAGAAGAACUAUACUUGAGCCACAAUGGCAUCUCAAAAAUGGAAGGCCUGUCAUCUUUAGUCAAUCUUCACGUUUUAGAUGUAUCAUCAAAUAAGCUAACAUCAGUGGAUGAUGUUCAGAACCUAACACAGUUAGAAGAUCUAUGGCUUAAUGACAACCAGAUAGGAUCACUUGAGGGAAUUGCUGAGGCUGUUGCUCGUUCAAGAGAGAAGCUUACCACUAUCUACCUAGAAAACAAUCCAUGUGCUAAGUCCCCGGAGUAUCUUGCAGUCUUAAGGCAAACCUUCCCCAACAUCCAACAGAUUGAUUCCAAUGUAUUUUCUUAAGUGUCAUGGCUUGAGCUUUUAUGAAAAUCAAUAGCUUUUGAAGCUUUGGCUUGUUAUAUCCUUGGGUAAGGUACCAAAAAAAAAAAAAAAUUAUUUGUACGCUUAUUUCAUCAUCCUUAACAUAGUAUUAAUGUAUUAAAUUGGACAUCUAGAAGCUUCCACGGAAAAGUCUUCUGUGCGUGCAGGUUCUGAAUUGAAAGAUUUUUUAUUUGGAGCUACCUGAUGAGAAGAAUGGGCUGUACAAUCCUUAGACAUCCAUGUGUCCUGACCAUCAGUUACCGCUCUGACAACUGCGUUUAUAGCUGUUACAUCUAUUGUUUUGCAGAUCGUAUUCCUUUCUGUUUUUGUACUUUGACACAUCUGGAAAACUUGGUUUUUAAAGUAAAGCCCGACAGUUUCGGUGUGCUAACAAGGAUGAUGUAUAAUGGCCUGUCGUGUUAUAUUUAUUCAUAGAUUUUUGUAUAACUGGCCUUUCUUUCAGAACAAAGUGUUACUGUUGUCUGCAACGAGUAACAACAGUUUGCUUUUCACUUCUUAUUCACGCCCAUUUGCAUCUCUUGUAAUGACUCGAUGCUGCGUCAUAGGGCAUUACGGAGCAGUGAUGCCAGCAACGUAGUCGCAUUCACAUGAUGAUACUCUUUUUGAGUAAGCUCAGGUGAACCAAGUUGUAUUUUUUGUGUGUUGCUACAGAAGCGAGUUGACAUAGAAAUAUUUGCUCAA